UUGUUUACAUUGGAAUUUUGACUGUAUCAGAUUUUUGUUAGUUGUUCAAAUAUGUGUGUCGAAAUUUAACCGAUAUCAACCUUUUAAUUUUAUUCGCAGAAUUGAUUUCCACUUGUACUGUAUAUUUAUGAAAAAAUAAUAUUUUAAUUGUAUGUAUUAAUGUCAUAUUAUAUUUUAAUUUCCAUCUAAAAGUAUUAUGGUAAUACUAUGUUUUUGGCUUUUUUGUUGUUGUUGUUGUUGUUGUUGUGUUUUUUGACAUUUUUUUUUACUAAGUACUAUGAAGACCAGUAUCACUGAUAGGCCUGUUCAUGCCUCUUAUUAAUUCCAAACCCACGGAGACCAAGAGACGGACAUUCCCUUGCUGAAGUUCUCGGAGCUGUGUGUUACUGAGACGUGAAGAUGCUGCAGCAGAUACUGGCUGACAUGUACAUUGAGCCGGAGCUGCUGGCCGAGCUGAAUGAGGAACAGAAACAGGUGCUGUUCUUUAAGAUGAGAGAAGAACAGAUCAGGAAAUGGAGAGAAAGAGAGACACAGCUGGAGAAGGAGGAAGCUGCAAGUGUGAAAGUCAAAAAAGUUUCAGGAAAGUGUGUGUCAUGGAUGAAGGGUCUGGAUGAUGAUGUGUGGGUUUGGGUGAUGGGAGAACAUCAUGACGACAAACCGUACGAUAAAAUCUGUGACGAGAUCAUGAACGAGAGAGCAGCGCUGCAGGCGCAGAGAGAGGCUGAGCAGCUCAGGGCUAAGAAAGAAGCUGAGCUGGAGAAGCGUUUCUCUGGACUGUAUCUUGAACCGGAGCAGGUUGUGUUGUCGGAACAGGAAGUCCAGCUGAAGGCCAGGCAGGCUGCAGCUCUGGAACAGAGAAGGGCAGACGAGGAACUCAAGAAGCUAGAGUUGGAGGAGCGACGUAAGGCUGAGGAGGAGCUGAGAAGGUUGGAGCAGGAGAGGAAGCAGCAGAUUUACAUGAGCCUGAAGGAGGUGCAGAGCAGCAAACAGACGCAUGAUGAGCAGGACAAGGACUGGCAGCAGACAUUGCAGAAGUCAAAAGCCGCAGACAUGCGCAGACGAUCUAUUGCCAAGCAGACGAUCGAGGACCACCGCAGGCGCUCAGUGAAGGCUCUAGAAAGAGGACGUGUAGCGGCCAUGACAAAGGCCUUCGGCAGCACAAACCCAACCCUUCCACCUAAACCCAAACCCAGAAACACCAGCGGUGCCAUCAGCCGGAAGGGUGGUAUGCGACGCUCACUGUCAACGUCUAGUCGAGAUCAUAUUAUUCGUUGGUUCCAGGAGGAGCAGUUGCCCCUCAGAGCAGGAUUCCAGCGUGACCAGAGCCGAAUCGCCCCCUGGUUUCACGGUAUAAUAUCUCGUGAACAGGCAGAGGCGCUACUGAAUGAUGGCGAGCCUGGGCUCUUCUUGGUGCGUGUUAGUGAAAGAAUAUUUGGAUAUGUUCUUUCCUAUCGCUCCAAAGAGGGAAUCAAGCACCUGCUGAUCGAUGCUUCAGAGAACUGCUACAUGCUGCUGGGAGACCAGAUCAAAUUCUCAUCACUCAGUGAACUAGUGGAAUAUCAUCAGGUGGAGCCGCUGAGCUCAUCUGGAGAAGAGGAGUACCUGCUACAGGCAUGUGGACAGAGAGAGGCCACAGUAGAUUAUACAGAGCUCUUCACCUGACCCCCAAACUCACCAACAGUUAGAAGAACAUGUGGAGAACAUCUGCGCCUAACACUGUGAUCAGCACUGGCAAUACACUAAAGUGAAUAAUAAUUGCAAAAUCACAUGUGAAGACAAAGUCAUAAUUAAUUUUGAUUACAGUCAGGUUCACAUUUCAUAAGCACCCCAUUUUAAAAGUAUUGAAUGUAACUGAAAAGUAUAAAUCCAACAUUUGCCAUCCAAAUACAUAAGCCUGUUCCUUUGUGUAGAACAGACUUUUUCCAUUUCAGAAACUGAUAUGAUGUUGUUGGUUACUAAAUGCACUUUUCAUUUUAUUCUAUACUAACUAGCUGGUCAGUUUAAAACAAACUGUCACAGGUGUGACCGGGAAUUACGUAAAGCGUGAAACCAUAAUUUUGAUGGAACAUGGACAAAUAAUUAAACAGUUUAUUCUUUUUAUUCACAACAGAUGUUUAAAAGCAUAUUUUUGGAACUAUGCAGUUUUGUUCCUCUGACAUUUGAUAAAAAAAAAAAAAGUGUUGGCUGUGAUAUGAAAACAUUUACUCAGAGUUUGACAAUUUUCCUGUAAAAAGUAGCACAUGUAGUUUUGCACUUUUGAAGUGAAUGGAAAGCAUUAUGAAGGAAACCAUUAAAAAACCCUCUGUUAACAACA